AUGAGUUUUGACAAAUCUAAUGAAUACUACACAAUGCCUAGUGGCUCACAUCAGGAGAAUGGUCAAGAAGAAGAGAGAGAACAGUGCUCCUCUCAACCCAGAAACUGGGACCUUAGCAUUCCAAGACGACAUGGAAUCCUUAUAUCCAAUGCUGUCCCCAACCACAAGGAUGAGGACCUCCUGGAGGAUUUCUUCUGGAAGUCCCCCUCCCCCUCUUCUGCCUCUCAUAUCCAUGGGAUUGCCAACCAUACCUGA